CGCCUGACCCGGAUACAGACGGGCUCCGCUCCGCCCUGGCCCGCUGGGAGCUGGAGCCGGCUGGCCCCGCCGCGGCGGAGCGAGCCGAGCCAUGGGGCCGCAGUGAGCGCCCGGUACUGCCUCGCCGCGCCCGGCCAUGGCGCCCAUGGGGAUCCGCCUCUCGCCGCUCGGCAUGGCCGUGUUCUGCCUGCUGGGGCUGGGCGUCCUCUACCACCUCUACUCCGGCUUCCUAGCUGGCCGCUUCGCCUUCUUCAUGUUGAGCGAGCCGGCGGCCGGCGGGCCCGAAGGACCCCGCGGUUCGGCGGCCGCCGUGGACUUGCGGGAGCUGCUGGCCGUGUCCGUGCUGGCGGCCGUGCGGGGCGGGGAGGAGGUGCGGCGGGUCCGCGAGGGCAACGUGCUCAACGAGAAGGCCAAGGGGAAGACGCGGGAGGGGGCCGAGGAGAAGCUGACGAGCGGCGACCUGCUGUCCAACCGCCGCAUGUUCCACCUGCUGAGGGCCGCCUUCCCCGCCGUGCAGAUAAACUCUGAGGAACGUGUUGAUACAGCUGAUCAGGAGACAGUCUCAUGGGAUCGCAGUAUUCCUGAAGACAUAAGAGAAAAAAUACAGCCUAAGGAGGUUCCAGCAGAAAGUGUUACUGUCUGGAUUGACCCAUUAGAUGCUACACAAGAAUACACAGAGGAUCUUCGGCAGUAUGUCACAACAAUGGUUUGUGUGGCUGUCAAUGGAAAACCAGUAAUAGGAGUGAUACAUAAACCAUUCUCGGCGUAUACAGCCUGGGCAAUGGUGGAUGGUGGGUCAAACGUAAAAGCUCGUUCCUCCUACAAUGAGAAAACUCCAAGGAUUAUUGUGUCCCGCUCCCAUGCAGGAAAAGUGGAGCAGGUUGCACGGCAGACUUUUGGAAAUAAAACUGUGAUAAUCCCCGCUGGUGGAGCAGGUUAUAAAGUGCUGGCUCUCCUUGACGUGGCUGAAAAGAAUCAAGAAGAAGCUGAUGUGUAUAUCCAUGUCACCUACAUUAAGAAGUGGGACAUAUGUGCUGGAAACGCAGUGUUGAGAGCAUUGGGUGGCCAUAUGACUACCCUGACUGGUGAAGAAAUUAGUUACACUGGCUCGGAUGGCAACGAGGGAGGACUUAUAGCCAGUAUCAACAUGGACCAUAAAGCACUGAUUGAAAAACUUCCAGAUCUGGAAAAAACAUCACACAAAUAAACGUAGCUGAUGGAGUAAUACAAGUCAUGCUUUUGUAGCCUCCAGAUGCUCUGUCUAAAGAAGCAGGUUUGAAAACUUGCUGGGAAAGAUGCGCAGCAAAGCAGUUUGGUGUGGAUGUGGGGACUGUAUCAUGCGUUGGGUUUCUUCAGUGGUGGUAUUUAAAAACAAAAUCAACAAUAAUAAUCAUAAGCAGAAGUAGGAAGAGGACUGACUGCCUCACACCUCAGUUUCUGUGUCUAUUUUUUUCUUUUGGACUGUUUUCAUGCGGUUCAUACACUCAAGGUGCAUAUACAGUACAUAGUUGUGAACGUGGGUGAAUUAAAGAAAAAUCCAAAUUUUUCAUAAAAUAACCUAAGUAGUUCUCACAGGCAUUUCUUGGAAACUUUUACAUCAUAUUACUGUAGUUUUAGUGACUCCGUAAUGAAUUAGGUAGAAACAAAGAUUGAUUUAUGUAGGCGUUUGACAACUGUAAACAGUCUAGCAGGAAAGAUGACCCUGUGUUCUGUAUCCCUGAACAGAAAGCACAAGAAGAUUGACACAAAUUUAUAUGCUGCAACAGUCUAUCUUUUCAUAGAGUGGCUCUCUUUCUGCUUUUUAAGAGGAAAAAAAAAAAAAAGAAAUAUUCUGUACUAUUUUGACUUCUUCCUGAAGACUUAAACCAGUUUAAUUCAGAUGAGUUGUGAAUGUGUUUUAUUAAUCAGUGUAAUUAUUUCCAUAUACCUUUUUAAAAGAAAGCAAUGCUUCCUUGUAUAGUUUUUAACUGUUAAUUCUUGUCCUUGAUGACUUCUCUAUACAGUGUUGAAGAUGCAUGCUAGAUUUUCCUCUGAUGUAGCACUUGUUCAUCAUUUGGUGUUUGUACUUACAGAAGCACCCUCCUCAAUACCUCUCUAUUUUUAUUUUUCCACCUUUGGAUAGAGUCAUAUGUAAUGAGUGUUGUUGAUUGGUUGAUUCCCUUUACAACAUGAGCUAAAAGUAGCAUUUUUUUUUUUCUUCAAGAACCCCCCACAGUGACUUUCUGCCUUCUUAGGUUAAGAGGCAUUCUUUUCUGCUGUAAGUUCUUGAGCCAUCCCAAAUUGCUUACGGUUACUUAAUUUAUACGUACGUAGACUGUUUUCUGUUAACUUGAGCCUAUUCAGGCAAGCUUGAAGAACAAGUGGCACUUGAAGUCCAGCAGAAUCCACAAAACCUUACUGAAAAAUGUUCUUUGUGAGUCCAAUUUACACAGAAUAGAAUAUAGACCCUUUGAUACUAAGUGAUGAAUUUUAGAGUACCUCUAAAAUAGGUAGACUUCUGUGUACAGAAAGGUAACCCAUCCAUUUUGUCGUUCUGUGCACCCCUCUGAAGGGAUUUCAGAAAGUUGAAACUAACCUGUUGAUUUAAUUAUCAGUAGGUUCCCAUUUCUUCUCAAGAAAACCAAAAUUCUUGGUUAAUACAGGUGUUUUCUGUUUGGCUUUCUAAACCAAAUUCUGUUGAUUUUUUUUUUCAUCUUCUUUCAUCAUCCUGCAUGUUCUGAUCAAAAAGAGGUUUUUCUCCUUAUGCCAAUUGUGGGGUGUGCCACAUUACAUCUUUUAAUGUUCUUGCUCACAUUCACAUUUCCAAAGGACCUGCUCAGAUGUUGCGUAACUGCAGAUAUAGAUUUUUAUUUUGUAAACUUACUGGCAAGGUAGACUGAAGCUUAGUCUCACUGGCCUUUUGGUACGGGUAGAUUUUCUUCAGAUUUUUUUUUCCAAAAUUGAUACUGUUGCUGCUAUUUGCGCAUAGCUUUUACACAUGUGGAUAAUAUAUGAAGCAACUUAAAUUCCAAUUUAAUUUUAAUGAACAGCUAUAUGCUAUGACCAAUAAGUGAAUAUACCCCUUUAAAAAAGAGGCUGAUAUUUUUUUUAAAAAAAAAAAACACUUGUUGAGCUUCCAAACCUCAAUGAAAAACAAAAGUCCAGAUAUUUACUAAGGCUUUAGUAAUGUUUUACAAGAUGAUUGCAGCUUUUUCUCACCUCACCCACCACCCCCUCCAUGCUGAUAUAAGUGGCUUAAUGCCUAACAAGCUUUUCUAUUUAGUAGUUAAGGAAUUUGGAUUAAAAUUUAAGCAUGAGAAAUAGCCAUAGUUGGCCUGGUGUUAAAACUUGAGUGUGUCACAGAGCUUGGAUGCCCAAUGCUUAAGUAGGCAAUUAAAGUUUGUGGGAGGUGGUUGGUUUAGAUUCAGAUUGAAAGCACAUACACAUUUACCUUGUGAAAAUGUAUCUGCUUUUAAUUUGGAUAGGGUUCUAUCACUUCCUUGCAUAAGCUGUGAUCAGACUUAGUUUUGGCAUAAGAAAUGAAAAAUAACAUAUCCUAAGAGAGCUUGCUGGCAUUUUAGUUGAAGGUGCACAGUGUUUGCCUGAAUUAUUUUUCCUUGAGAAGCUAAAAAUGGCAUGAAGACGACCCCCAGUUCUCCUUUCUCCCAUAUGCUGGCAAAAAUACUUGGCUUUUCAUUAGGAAGGCAUUUGCUUGUUCAGACCUGCCUAUGUCCUAAGUUGCUUUGUUAGAUGUGAUCACAGUGUUUGAUGCCUUUCCACUUCUGGCCUCUUCUUGGCCCAAUCUCACUUCAUGUGAUUGUGCAGGAAAGGUGGGAGUGAGGUCCCCAUUUCCUCACCUCUAGCACAGUUGACCCUCGCACAGCUUCUGCACAGCCAAGGCCUGAGCUUGCAGCUCCCAGUCUGGUUGAAAGAGGAGCUGCUUGGGUGAGAGCAUACAUAGGCCCCAGGUAAAUACUUUUUUCUGAUGUAAAUGCAACUCUUGCACAGAGCAGCAGGUGUUCAGAAGUGCUUGUGUGGUACAUGUGCUAGUGUAAUUUGAUGUUUGUGUGUAUAUUAUUAACACUCUGUACACCUAUUUCUUACUGUAUUUACACUGCGUUCUAAAAUAUUUUGCAGUUCUAGCUGAAGUACACAUUUCACCUUUGUGGUUGCAAGGUAUGCUUAUACUCAGGACGGAGUAGGAACUCGUACUGUAUGGUGUCUCACUACCUGGAAAGGACUUCAUUCUACACAUUCUAGCCUUUUCCACGUAAAACUGUAACAUUUUUAGGAUGAGCUCUGUGGAGACAGACCUGGGGGUCCUGGUGGACAACAGGUUGGCCAUGAGCCAGCAGUGGCCAAGGUGGCCAGCGGUAUCCUGGGGCGCAUUAAAAAGAGCGUGUCCAGCAGGUUGAGGGAGGUGAUCCUCCCCUUCUACUGUGCCCUGGUAAAGUUACAAUUAGAAUACUGUCUCCAGUUCUGGGCUCCUCAGUUCAAAAAAGACAGGGAUCUCCUAGGAGUCCAGGGAAGGGCCGCAAAGAUGAUACAGGGCCUGGAGCAUCUCCCGUAUGAGGAAAGGCUGAGAGACCUGGGUCUGUUCAGCCUUGGGAAAAGAAGGCUGAGAGGGGAUCUGAUAAAUGUUUAUACAUGUCUUAAGGGAGGUGGGAGGCAUGUGGAUGAGACCAGGCUCUUCUCAGUGGUGUGCAGAGACUGGACAAGGAGUUAAUGGCCUAAAACUUGAACAUAGGAAGUUCUGUACUAACACGCAGAAGAACUUUACAGUAAAGGUGAUGGAACACUGGAACAGGUUGCACAGAGAGGUUGUGGAAUCUCCUUCUCUGGAGAUAUUCAAGACCUGUCUGGAUGCUUAUCUGUGCAACCUGUUGUAGGGAACCUGCUUUAGCAGGGGGGUUGGACUCGAUAAUCUCUUGAGGUCCCUUCCAACUCCUGCAGUUCCAUGAUUCUGCUACCUUUAACGAUUGCUCAGUAUAGGUGAGUCUUACAAAAGGAUAUUUUCUAAAAAUAGUAGUUAAAAAAACUUCCCAGCACCGAGCAAGGGAAGUAAGAGAAUGCAUUAUUUUAGCAUUGGUUUUCAGAUGGUGACUUUUUUGUUUGAGUGAUUAUGAUUAUGGUAAUUGUAAGUGAAAUUAUUCUGAAGUCACAUAUUUUCUGUUUUUCAUUCCACUAAAAAGAUUGAAUGAUAGCACAGGUGAUACCUAGUACUGUACCAUAAGUCCUAAUGCACAUCCCUUGACUGAGUGUUUCCCGAAUAAAUGGACACAGAAAUAGAAGGCUUGAAUAUUGUACUCAAUUGUUUUUGAAUUUAACCUAUUUGCUAGGCUUUUACAGACAGAUCAGGACAAACAGCGCUUACAUAAAUCACGGAGUGCAUAACAAUAAUGAAAACAGUGAGCAGAGAUAGCUUACUUGGAUGAUGAAUGAACCAUGCAGAUUGUUGCGACGUCUCAUAUAAUUGCUUUUCCUCUACAGUCAUUAAGAACAGAAAUUUUCAAACAGAUUUUAGGUAUGAGAUUUUUAUUAUUAUUUUAAAUGGCCAGUUGUUGGAGAUCAGAUCUUGAGUGGAGUCAGCACUGGAGUUCCUCUCUGCUUUUUUGUUGAUAAACCAAUAUAUCUUGACAUCCUUGUAGUAUCCUCUUAUCUGUUGGAGUUGCACAGCAGUGGUGCAAUGCUGCGUGCUCCUGCCCUAACCAUAUGGAACAAGUGCUCUGCACUCCCUAGAGUGCUGCAAUAAGAAGGGGCUUGCUUGUGCUGGGUGUCUUCUAGGUUACAUCCCCCUGCUUUUCCCUCCUGCUUUGUGGAUCAAAUUUCCUAAGUAAAGUAGAAAAACAGAGGGGAAAGGAGCAGGUGGCUUUGCUGGGGAAAUUGUAGCAGAGAAUACUUCUAUCUUUUGAUUUAAGUUACAUUUUCAUUUCUCUUUCAGAGUUUAGAUAACCAUACAACUUAAGAUUUAACUAAUCUGAUAAAUGCCUGUGUGAUUGUAGGCUCUGGCAGGGUGAGGGGGAAAUACCUUCAACCUAGGAAGCUUGAACAGCUUCUUUACAGGCCAGUAAACCAAGCCUUAUUUCAGUGCUCUGUCAUACAGACUGAGGUCCAUGGAUGCAAUUACAAAUUAAAAAUUGCCAAAUAUUUAUAGUCUGUCUUCUGUCCUGCCUUCCUGUGUGAUAAAACAGCUGUGAAUGCAGUUCACUGUAACAUAAGCUGCUGAGACAAGCUGGUAGUAACUCUGAGGUCUCAGAUGUUCUGUAAUGUAUCUGUUACAGUCGGGUGCUAGCACCUGCUGUGAGGGUCUUCCCACCCCAUAAGCUGGUAAUGCCACUCACAGGUCAUACCAAGGGGCUGCUGAAGCCUUAUGCUUUGUGGUUUUCAGAUGUCAGUGGGUAACCACUUUUCCCUUUUUGCUGUUCCUUGUUUGUGCCUUCUUGAUCCUUGCUUCCUUCUUAGCCCAUGUGAACAAGAAAGAUGAGAGAUCAGAGGCAGAAACUUCUGGAUGAGAGGACCACAGCAACAAACUCUCAAGUGCGUUUUAUCCUGAAGGUGGUAAUAUUUGAGACCAAGGUGCUGACCCAACUGAAAAUGGUAGAUAGUGAUAGAUGCCAGCAAAAAAAAAAGGCAGCUUGAAGAGAAUUUCAUAUGAUUGGCAGUGCUGAACAUGCAGAAAAUAUGUAAAUGGUCUAGGAAGAAAUUAAACUCUUUUAAAAUGAGGGAAAGAAAACUGUUUUCUGGUGAAACAUUACAACCAUUUGGCCUUCCUGUUCCCUUGUGUGCAGAGCUGUGUUGCUUAGGAGGGGCUCCACUGGCUCACUGUGAAAGGCCCAAUUUUCCUGAAGUACAUUCCCACUGAAGUCAAUGAGAGCAGAAGCAAGCCAGACACGAUGCAAACAGAAAGCUAAGCAAAGUUGUGAAGAACUCAGCUUCUGCCAACAGAGCAAACAACCUGGGUUGUGUUAAACUCACGUCUGGUGGCUUAUUUCUGCCUACGUUACUGGAUGGAAACAUCAUCCAAGUGGCUUAAGGUUCAAAGUUUUUCAUUUUUUUUUAUGGUCUACAGCUGAUAAGAGCCUACCUUCAGAUAAUACUGUUUUCAGCCCUGGUUGCUCCUUAUUUGUAAUUCAUGUUCCUCUUUUCCCUCCCCACAAAGGACCAGCAACACUUUGGCAUUUUUCCUGUUGUCCCACCAAAUUGUGUUCCCAUUUUCCAAUUGUGUGCCAAAUUGAAAUGACAAUUCUAUAAAUAAACUCUCUGAAAUUACUGGA